AUGUCUGGACAUACCGAAAACCACAUUGUAUGCGUUGGUGCCAUCUACAUCGAUACCAUAUUGACGUAUGUAUCAGCACUCUGCAACAACCCCAAGAACCAAAAGCUUACUAAAUUUCGAGUGUUCAGAGUCCCACACUUCCCCAUAGAAGAUGAGAAACUACGCGCCAAAGCUCUCACGCGAAGAAGAGGAGGAAAUACGGCAAAUAGUCUAGAAGUGUUAUCGCAGCUGCAACAACACGACCCUGAAGGAGCACGUCUCAACCCCACAAAUCUACAUCUGCUGGCUGUACUCCCUGAGGAGCAAUCUGCGGCUUCUCAGUUCAUAUCUACAUCGCUUCCUGGGGUGAACAUAUCCGAUGUGAGCCUCUUCCGCAACCAGCACCAAGAAGCUGCAUCAAGCUACAUCAUCCAAAGCGAAGAGAAACGCUCACGCACAAUCGUCAGCAUCAACCAGCUCCCCGAGAUGCAAGCCGAAGAAUUCAUACACCAAGUCCGCAGAUUCAGUACGGAACAAGGACAUACGUGGAAGAAAGCGUGGUUCCAUUUCGAAGGCCGUGUCCCAGAGAUCACACUGCAGUGUGUCCGCUUCCUGCGCGAAACGUUCCCUCAUUUCAAGAUUAGCGUCGAGUGCGAGAAGCCUGAACGGACGGGUAUGGCUGAGGUGGCGCAUGAUUUACUCGAAAUUGUGGGCCGUGAAGAAUGGGUAUGA